AUGACCAGAGACCGAAUGAACAAAAGCUGCCCUCGGCCCGCGCUCCCCCAGACGUCCCCCCCCCCACGCAGGUUAUCGAGGGCAGCCCGUCAGGUGAAGAGACCCACCUUAGCCAGAGUACAGCAAGUGGGGACCCCAGCCACAGCUAGUGGGGACCCCAGCAACAGCAAGUGGGGACCCCAGCCACAGCUAGUGGGGACCCCAGCCACAGCUAGUGGGGACCCCAGCCACAGCAAGUGGGGACCCCAGCCACAGCUAGUGGGGACCCCAGCCACAGCUACCACAGCUAGUGGGGACCCCAGACCCCAGCCACAGCAAGUGGGGACCCCAGCCACAGCCACAGCUAGUGGGGAACCCAGCCACAGCAAGUGGGGACCCCAGCCACAGCUAGUGGGGACCCCAGCCACAGCUAGUGGGGACCCCAGACCCCAGCCACAGCAAGUGGGGACCCCAGCCACAGCAACCACAGCAAGUGGGGACCCCAGCCACAGCAAGUGGGGACCCCAGACCCCAGCCACAGCUAGUGGGGACCCCAGCCACAGCAAGUGGGGACCCCAGACCCCAGCCACAGCCACAGCUAGUGGGGACCCCAGACCCCAGCCAAGCAAGUGGGGACCCCAGACCCCAGCCAAGCAAGUGGGGACCCCAGCCACAGCUAUUGGGGACCCCAGCCACAGCAAGUGGGGACCCCAGCCACAGUUAGUGGGGACCCCAGACCCCAGCCACAGCUAUUGGGGACCCCAGCCACAGCAAGUGGGGACCCCAGCCAAGCAAGUGGGGACCCCAGCCACAGCUAGUGGGGACCCCAGACCCCAGCCACAGCUAACUCUAGAGAAGUCUGCUAUUCUGCCACAGACUCUAGAGAAGUCUGCUAUUCUGCCACAGACUCUAGAGAAGUCUGCUAUUCUGCCACAGACUCUAAAGAAGUCUGCUAUUCUGCCACAGACUCUAAAGAAGUCUGCUAUUCUGCCACAGACUCUAGAGAAGUCUGCUAUUCUCCAUAGACUCUAG